AGAGAACAGCUCCGCACCGGGACAAACACCCUGACCGUGGCGGCCCGAAGGCAUCCUGCAUUCCCAGCGUUUUCCUGACAGUCUCAUGGACAUCAUGUUGUGGUGACAGCCGCCUGGGCUGGACUCAUCAGCAGCCUCGCUCUGGCAACUUUUAAUAGUUCACUCACUGCGUGAGCGUCGCCCAGCUCUCGAGAAUGUCUUUGCACGCGCGUCGUUAGUGUCAGUUGGUUAAAGUUGUGUAGCCGUUAGCUUUCUGUUUAGUUAGCAUAUUCAAGCGUUUGUAGCACACAAGCUAGCUAAUGUCUUGUGUGGUCACCAGCUUUAAGCGGCUGUCAGCAUCAUCAUUGGGACCACGGGUAUCUUUCAUACCCGGCCGUCUGAUGGAAGGGUGACGGGAAUGAUGCUGAGCUUCCUCCGUAUCAUUUUAACAGGCCUGUUAGGAGUUCUCUGGGAUGGAGUUACGGCUUUUGGUGGAGUGAGAUUAGUGGAUGGGGAGAACAAGUGUUCUGGCAGAGUUGAAGUACGCCGCCAUGACCAGUGGGGGACAGUUUGUGACCACGGGUGGGACCUCCGAGAAGCUGAUGUGGUGUGCCUGGAGCUGGGCUGUGGCUUAGCUGUGUCACCUGUACAUGGUGCAGUAUUUGGUGCAGGCAGUGGAGAGAUCUGGCUGAGGCAUGUCCAGUGCACAGGACACGAGUCCAGUUUGACACGCUGUGCUGUCGUCCUCCACAGUAAUGAACACUGCACCCAUGAGAAUGAUGCAGGGGUGAAAUGCUCAGGUACCCUUUUAAUGCCCACCCUCACCCUGCUGUCACCUCACACUGUGUUCUCUCCCGGCGAGGCUGUCCGCUUUGGCUGCAGUGUACUGCUGGGUCACCACCUCAGUGACUUCCACCUGUACAAGCAUGGAGUUUCCACGCCACUGGUUACACAGAGGGCGGACCAGACCCUGACCAGAGUAGAGCUCACACUGUCCGACAUAGAGACGUUCCACCAGGGCAGCUACAGUUGUCGGUACAGGAUCAAGAGUGGUUUCCCUUCUCAGUUGCUCGAAUCUCCACCCAGCAACUCCAUCAACAUCACUGUUGUGGAACUCUUGACUCCCCAACACUGGUACAACACGUCCACCGAGGCCCCGGCUGGUUCCGUCAUUAAAGGCCACAAUUUCAACAUCACCUGCUCCACCCCACAGCAGUACCCUGGAGGUUCCUUCCAGCUGCGUCUGAUCCGCUCCAAUGGCACAGUGCGCCAGUCCCUGCCUGCCCUCACCCCGUCCGUCACUUUCACCUUUCCCAACGCCCAGAGCUCCAACGAGGGCUACUACUACUGCCUGUAUCGGGUCCAGCUGGGUGGACGCACCUUUGUCUCCAGAGAGAGCCAGCCCCUGCCUAUAGCCAUCAGAGACCCAGAUCCAGUACUGAGUCCAAUGGUGAUCAGCUGGCUUGUGUCCGGCCUGACAUUUGUUGUGGCUGUCAUCAUUAUAAUCAUUGUGGCCAAGGUGCUGUGUAACAAAGAGAAGAAGCCCACUGAACUGGAGCGAGAGACCAGAACCUGUGUGGACAACACUUAUGUUGCCUUAUCAAUCAACAAGCUAUGACGGAGUAUGCAGGCAAAAGAUCACUAAAGAAUCACAAUUGGGUGGACAGUUAGAGGGCUCUCACUGCGUCCAUCGUGAAUUCAGUCUGCAGGACUGCUUGGUCGGUCAUCCACCACAUCUUUGGCAAAAGGCACCACCUGGACCCAGUUCAGUACAGUUUAGAUGAGGCACAAUUUUGACUGAACUCUAAUAGAUCUCCAUCACACUGAACUUCAGGCUAGUGUCACUGCUGGGAAAUAAUGGAUAUAAUGGUGAGACGUGAUCUAUCAGCCACAGAAGACCGACAGUAGUAUGUAUUUCCAGUUCAAAGUCUGUAGUGGUUCUAGCUAGACUCAGACUUGGCUACUGCCAUGACACCAGAUGUAUGAAAUGUGGGGGGGGGGGGACUGUUAUGUGGGCCCCUCUGGUCUGUAUAAAUGCAGUUUAAAAACAUUUUGUAUUUAUUACCAGGUAACACUAAUGAUAGGCUCCACUAGCUUAAGAUGUACGUGCUUCUACAGAUCAAUGAUCCUUAAAGGAUUAGAUGUUUUUGUAUUUAAGUCUAACCCUAUUAUGCAUCUUAUGUCAUUUAAAAUAUGUACAUAAUUGCACUUAAAGUUGGUAAAUAGAAGCUGUAGUUGAUUAAAAUGCUGCUGUUGUUGGA